CGAUCAGAAGCAGAUCUACAUCGGUGACGACAACCCCCUGACGCUAAUUGUCAGCGCUCAGAAUCAAGGGGAAGGCGCCUACGAAGCCGAACUCUUUGUCGUCGUUCCGCCCCAGGCAGAUUUCAUUGGCGUCGUUCGUAACAAUGAGGCUUUAGCAAGACUGUCCUGUGCGUUUAAAACGGAGAAUCAGACCCGCAUGGUAGUCUGCGACCUGGGGAAUCCCAUGAAAGCGGGAACUAAGCUCCUAGCCGGCCUGCGUUUCAGCGUGCACCAGCAGUCGGAAAUGGACACCUCUGUGAAGUUCGACCUGCAGAUCCGAAGUUCCAACCUGUACGACAACCUCAGUCCGGUGGCGUUCUACCGGGCCGACCUGGCCAUUUCGGCAGCUGUUGAGAUUCGAGGCGUGUCGUCUCCUGACCACAUAUUCCUUCCCAUCGCAAACUGGCAGCCGAAGGAGAACCCCGAAACAGAGGACGAUAUUGGGCCUCUGGUUCAGCACAUCUACGAGCUGAGAAACAACGGCCCGAGUGCCUUCAGCAAGGUGAUGAUGACUCUGCAGUGGCCUUACAAAUACCAAAACCACACGCUGUUGUAUAUCGUCCAGUAUGAAAUCGACGGUCCCAUGAACUGCACUUCGGAUAUGGAAAUCAAUCCCUUGAAAAUUAAGGUUUCUGCUUCUAAAGACGAUGAUCGGAACGAAACGCUUAGCAGGGAAGAUAAUCACGAGCACCGCGUCAGCCGGAGGGACGUAGCUGCCAUCGAAGGAGACGUGCAGACUUUGGGCUGUGGAACUGCUGAUUGUUUGAAGAUAGUCUGUCAAGUUGGCCACCUGGAAAGGGGCAAGAGUGCAAUAUUGUAUUUAAAAUCACGCCUUUGGACCCAAACUUUCAUGAAUAAGGAAAAUCAGAAUCACUCCCUUUCCUUUGAAGACAUCCACAAUUCUACAGUAGUGACUACCAACAUUACGUGGGGCAUCCAACCUCAGCCCAUGCCUGUGCCCGUGUGGGUCAUCAUUCUGGCCGUCCUGGCGGGACUGCUGCUCUUGGCCGUUCUCGUGUUCGUUAUGUACAGGAUGGGCUUUUUCAAACGUGUGAGACCCCCCCAGGAAGAACAAGAGAGAGAACAGCUGCAGCCGCACGAGAACGGGGAAGGGACGUCCGAAGCUUAA